CCCAGCUCCUUUUGGAAGAACAAAUCUGCCCACUUCCCAGAGAAAAGGGCCUCUGCCUGACCUCCAGCUACACCGACGGCGCCGCCGUCCUGAGCCCCGUGGCCAGGCUCUGGCGGUGCGUUUUGCUUGUGUCCCAUCCCUGCAUUCCCGCAAGGAGCGUGUACCUAGGGAUUAUGAGCUCCCCACCGAGGCUGAAGAGGGAAAGAGGCGGCCAGCACCCGGAUCUAGGUCUGAUUGUUCCAAAGACAGCCGCCGGUCACCAACAUGGGGGUGGGGAGUGCGUUCCUGGCCCCUAUUUUCAGGGAGAAGGGUGGCCCCCGCAUCCUCGGAUACCUCGGGGCCUGCUGUGCUCAGAUGCCCCGUGGAAGGUGGAGCAGCUUGUGGGGCUCCGCACUGGCCGUCUCCUAGGCAUCUUCAAAGGGGACUUUCCCUUUGCCCAGGUUUUCGGCUGCCUCCUACCUCCGCGCCCCGCCUCCCACCCGGGCCCCGACCCGCACCGCCAGCCUGGAGAUGGGAAUUUCAUGAUGCUCCCUGCCUAGGGCUCGCGGCGGGCGGGGUAGAGCAGCAAGGGGCCAUCGCACAAGUGCGGUAUCCGGCCCCGGCCGCAAACGGCGCCCCUCGCCUGGGCCGGGGGCCUCUGGAGCCAGCGAAGCGCGGCGGGCGGGAUCCGCCGACGUCCCGCGCCCCUCCCCGCCCUGAGGCUCGCCUCCGCGGCCGCCGCGCCCGCUCGCGGGUGUGUAGGCGCUUCCUUACAUCCCCUGACACUUUGCAGACGGUCCCCGGAGCCGGGCAUGGGCGCCGCCGCCGCCGCCGCCGGUCCCCGGGCCGGAUCCCGCGCGCGGUGCCCCUGAGGCGCUCCGCUGCCCGGGUCUGCCUCAAGCCGCGCCAUGAGUGACCGGAACAGCCGGAGGAGGACAAAAGGAUGAUGAAGACUUUGAGAUCUCCAUCCCCUUCGACGAGACACCCCACCUAGACCCACGGAUCUUUUACAGGCUGAGCCCCUCUAGGGGAAACUUCGAGGGUGAGCUGGGAGCCUCCGGAGGCUGCGCCCCCGACCCUGGCCCUGAUGAACGGCGUCAAGGCCCAGCUGCACCUGGCCCUGGAGAGGAACUCGUGGCUGCAGAAGCGCAUCGAGGACCUGGAGGAAGAGAGGGACUUCCUGCGAUGCCAGCUGGACAAGUUCAUCUCCUCCGCCCGCAUGGAGGCAGUUCAUGCGCGUCUCCCUCCUCCCGUCCUUGCAGAGGACCACUGCAGGGGGAAGCCCGGGCCCCGGCGGGCUGAGGGCGAGGCCUCGGAGCCCGAGUCGGCAGCCUCCUCGCUGAGUGCGGGGUCUGAGGAAGGCAGCGCCGGCGAGAGGGACAGGCAGAGGCAGAAGGGAGGCGCCGCUCGGAGGCGGUUCGGGAAGCCCAAGGCCCGGGAGAGACAGAGGGUGAAGGAUGCUGACGGUGUCCUCUGCCGCUACAAGAAGAUCCUGGGUACCUUCCAGAAGCUGAAGAGCAUGUCGCGGGCCUUUGAACACCACCGUGUGGACCGCAACACCGUGGCCCUGACCACGCCCAUCGCUGAGCUGCUCAUCGUGGCCCCCGAAAAGCUGGCCGAGGUGGGCGAGUUCGACCCCUCCAAGGAGCGGCUGCUCGAGUACUCCCGCCGCUGCUUCCUGGCCCUGGACGACGAGACGCUCAAGAAGGUGCAGGCGCUGAAGAAGAGCAAGCUGCUGCUGCCCAUCACCUACCGCUUCAAGCGGUGAUCUGCCUGUGGCCCCCAGCUGGGGUCCCACAUGGGUACUCUCAACCCCUCCGACCCUGUUUCCCCCGCCCACCCUCCCCAGCACCCGGGCAUGUGUGCGUGAGGGGCGCGUCCCUCCCCAGGGCCUCGAUGGGACGGGCGGCGGGUCUGCAGCCUCCGCUUGUGCCCCCAGGUCCCCCUGUACAUAGGUCUCCCUGCUCGCCUCUCACACUCCUGGCCUUCUCCUCCUGCCCUCGUUCCCUGGGCCAGACUCUGAAGAGCUACUGCCCAGGGGCCCGAUUCUGCCCUUCCCUCUCCAGAGAGCGGUGCCCGUCCCACCCUCACUGGGCACCUUUCCUCCCCGGUAACUGGGAGCCGCUCUCUGGGAGUGCCACCCUCUCUCCUCGGGGCCAGAGGGACUGUAUAGACUCGUCUCCACCCCCCCAGGAGCUCCCCACCCGCCUUCCGGGAUCGCCCCGACUCCCUGUGAGACAGAGAAUUAUUCAGAGAAUUUAAAUUAAAGUUAGUCGAGAGAAUUUGGAAUAA